AUGUCGCGACCUGUUUUGGCACCCGCCAAGGCUUUCUGUGAGGCCUUUGGCCUCCGCCUGCCGGUGCUGAUGGCGCCCAUGGCCGGUGCCUCCCCGGUUGCUCUGGCUGCCGCCGUCUCCAACGCAGGAGGAAUCGGGGCCUGCGGCGUGCUUGGCAUGGGACCGGAUCAGAUCCGACUUUGGGUGUCCGAGUUCCGUGCCAGCUCAACAGGCCCUUUGCAACUGAAUACCUGGGUGCCCGAUCCGGAUCCUGCACGAGAUCCAGCGAAGGAGCGACGGGUCCGUGACUUCCUUGCGGGUUGGGGGCCGGAGGUGCCCGCGGAUGCCGGAGAUGCCCGGCUGGUGGACUUCGAAGCGCAGAUGGCUGCAAUGAUCCAGGCCCGUCCGGCCAUCAUUUCCUCCAUCAUGGGCCUCUACUCAGCCAAGCAUGUCGAGCAAAUGAAGGCCAACGGCAUCAAGUGGUUCGCGGUGGCAACCACGGUCCGCGAGGCGCUCGCUGCAGAAGCGGCCGGAGCCGAUGCCAUCGUGGCACAGGGUAUGGAAGCUGGGGGCCAUCGCGGCGCAUUCAAAGCGGAAGAUGCAGCCCGGGAUCUCGUGGGCUUGUUCUCCCUUCUCCCGGCGAUCGUGGAUGCUGUGCGGGUACCAGUCAUCGCAACCGGUGGCAUCGCGGAUGCGCGAGGGGCGGCUGCGGCUUUCACUUUGGGAGCUUCAGCAGUCCAGGUCGGCACCGGUCUGCUGAGAACACCCGAGGCCGGCAUUCCGCGUGUUUGGGCUGAUGCAUUAGGCUCCUGCCAGCCUGAAGAUACUGUAGCAUCGCGGGCAUUCUCCGGCCGCCUAGGACGCAAUGUCAAAGCAAGGCCUGCAGUCGCAGUGGUCCCAGCACCGGCUGAGGAGCACGAUGCGUGGGUGGCGGGGCCUGUAGACAGUCCUUGCCCGUUGCCUUCGGAGAUACCACAAGGGCCUCGACCUGUUAGCUAUGGCGUCGGAUCCGUUCCACGACAGUCUUCGGACAGCGAGUCAGAGGAGUACCUUGGGAAUGUCGAGUCCCAGGAGCUAUCGUCCCCAGGAUCUCGUGAUUCCGUGAUGCCGAUGCCAACUCCGCGGCGAGGCGCACCCCCGGAUGCAGUGAAUAGUUGCCAGUCCAUCAAGCAAUUUCGGCGUAUCUCAAACAGGGACCUGGUUGCGAAUCCUGUGCUGCCGACGAUCUCUGUGCCGGAAGACUCCCAGGAGCGCGACAGCAAAUCUUCUUUUGCUCUGGCUCGCUUGAUGUCUCUUGCAACUACUCUGCUACACCUACCGCUCGGGCUUGUCCCAGCAGGAUGCGCAGGUCAUUGGACAAAGGUGUUGCGAAUCAGUGCCAAGCUGCUGUCUGCGGCCUUUUGUGUGCUGUGCGGCUACAGGUCCUACAUGACCACCGGCUACGAGAAGUGGAGUCACACCGUCUAUGCCAUGGAGGCUGUCGCGUUCUUCUUGCUGCUAGCAACGGUGUGCAGUUCCGAUCCUUUCCGCGAGCUCAUGCAACGGAAGCUCCCAGAAAUGCAAAAGACACUGGACUCGAGACUACAGGCCUCCUUGAAGUUGGACCUGCUACCGAUCUGUGUCUAUCUUAUCAUAUGUCUAAUGUGCUUCGUGGUUCUUAGCAAAGUUCACACGGGGUCAGUCUCCCACUCAUAUCCGGUCAGCUCAGCCAUCCAACGCGUGGCCUGGGCCUUCGUGCUGCUUCGGCUAAGCCGCUCCAUGACGAUCUUGCUUGAUGGCUUUGUUGUUUCCUAUGCACAGCAAUCGUUCGACUUUCAAUCAGCAUACGAACAGUGGGCAUCCAUUUCCGCCUUUGCUGGUGAGAUCUCCCACUGGAUUGGUGCGGUGUAUCUCCAUCUGUCAACCUUUGCAUUUCUUGGCAUGUUUCCGCUUCUAGCGGAGGUUUUGAUGGGUCUUCAGGACAAUGACGACUGGUUGCUGCCCCAUCUGAUCGUGAACCUCGCCAACUGUUGUCUCGCUGUGCAUGUUCUGCAUCGAGCUGCCGUCGUGAGCCAACAGAAGGACAGUGCUAUAGUCAGCGUGAACAGUCUUCAGUGGGCGCUGACGUGGCAGCAGCGUCACCGCCAGCAUCUUUUUGUCGCUUACAUGGGACAGAGUGAAGUUGGCACGUAUGUGUGCGGCACGCCAAUUUCAAUCUCCUUGCUGGUCAAGCUGAUUCCUGUCCUCGUCACUGGAGGAUCUUUUGCUUUGGCUCGUGUCCUUGCGCUUCCUCCAGAGAGGAAGACAGACCUCCUCCGGCAAUGGAAUCACUUCCUCCAGGCUUUGGCAGGACAGUGA